CGAGUCGUCGUCGACGGAUUCGUUUCGUGUUUAGUUCUCGUCCUCUUCACCCACCCACCGACCGCAGGCCGACACCGCAAACCCAAAGCCGCGGACGUUUUUUCCGUUUAGUCGCGGAAACACGCAAAGUCUAUAAUACCGUUUCCGAUCGUAUUUAUUAAUCUCGCGCGAUAAUAUUAUUAUUAUCGUCACUGCCGCCGCCGUGUCCGCUUUUGAGAAUAAUUGUUUACGCCAGUUCGCCGCGUGCUCGUCGAUAUUGUUCUCUCGUGAAUGGAUUACUACGCGGAGACGACAGCGUUGUUUUGAGUACUUCUAUUGAAAUAUAUAUGCAAUGAGGCAUUCAACAGUUGGCGGAGUGGAAGAAUGUGUUUACCGGCGAACUAGUUGCAACCAUGGCUUGUUGGCCAGAAGCAGCUCGGACUCAGAUUUGGCCGUAGUGACGACGGGAUAUCCUGGCAGUCUGGAUGUCGAAGCGUACGAGGAUGAGGAGGAGGAGGAGGAGGAGGACGGCGAGGACUCCGAAGACGAUAGGGACGACGACGAUGACUGUAUGGGAGCGGAACACAAUCAGCAAGAAGAGCUACCGUAUCCAGGAUUCGUAUCCAUAUCGAUGAAAUACCUGGACCAGAAGUCUAGGCCCCGCAAUUGGUGUUUGGCCAUGAUCACUAACCCAUAUCCUUUUUUUUGCUUAAAGUCGUUAUAUUGUAGUUAUUAUAAGGUUAUAAACAGCAUUAAUAGUUAUUUACAUUGCAUAUUUAAUUAA